AUGACUGACGCUGGAGGUACUCGUCGCCGCGUAAAACUAUACACAUUAAAUGAAGAACGGCAGUGGGAUGAUCGAGGUACUGGUUAUGUGACGUGUAUGGCACCAAAUGAUCGUGUACAUAAUCAUAGUUAUUCAAUUAUUGUUAAAUCCGAAGAAACAUUGAUUGUAUGGUCAGAAGGAGAAAAAUUUGACUUAGCACUGAGUUUUCAAGAAAAAGCUGGAUGUGAUGAUAUUUGGGAAAAUAUUUGUGAAGUACAAGGUAAAGACUCUUCGUUUAUUGCUGCCGAUCCAACAUCAAUUUAUGAGAGUGAUGAUGAAUCAUGUGCAGCAGAAUCCAAUGAAAAUUUUUUAAAUACGACAAUCAGUUUACCAUCAGUCGAUUUAGCUCACAUACGAGAAAUAGCUGAUUUAUUUCAAUCAGAAAAAGUGCGUGAUGCAUCACGACGUGACAGUUUAGCACGUUCAAUUGAGAUGAAUGAUUAUGUAAAAAAAUUAAUCGAUCUAUUUCAUCAAUGUGAGGAUCUAGAAAAUAUUGAAUGUUUACAUUAUCUAUAUCAUAUUAUUCGUGGAAUAUUUUAUCUGAAUAAAAGUUCAUUAUUUGAAAUACUAUUUAGUGACGAAUUGAUUCUAGACGUUAUUGGAUGUUUAGAAUAUGAUCCAAAUAAAACACAACAACAGCAAAAUGAAUUGAAACAUCGUGAAUUUUUAGAUAGUAAAGCAACAUUUAAAGAAGUCAUACCCAUUUGUAAAGAAUUAAUAUCAAAAAUACAUCAAACAUAUCGUAUACAAUAUAUUCAAGAUGCAAUAUUACCGGCACCGGCACUAUUCGAAGAAAAUUUAUUAUCGACAAUGAAUUCAUUUCUUUUUUUUAAUAAAGUUGAAAUUGUAACUCUACUAUAUGAAGAUCCCAAAUUUUUAACCCAGUUAUUUUCCACAUUGAAAGAUGAAAAUGAAUCAGAUGAAAAACGUAAAGAUUUGAUGUUAUUUCUAAAAGAAUUUUGCGUCUUUUCACAAACAUUACAACAAAUAAAUCGCGAUGCAUUUUUUCAAGCAUUAGCUAGUCAAGGAAUACUGGGUGUAAUUCAACUAAUGCUGAGUUUAGAUGAUAUUACCAUUAAACAAGCAGCAUUAGAUGUAUUUGCAUCAAUUGUUGAAUGUAAUCCAUCAACAGUAAGAGAAUAUAUGCUACAUGAAACACAAGCAACACAAGAUGAUGACGAAUUAUUAUUGAAUUUAGUCAUUAGUGAAAUAAGAAGUGAUCCUGAUCCAGAACUGAGUGGAGCAUUGAAUCUUAUGAACAAUUUAAAAUUGUUAAUCGAUCCAGAUGGCAUGUUAGCUACACAGAUUGGAAAAACCGAGUUUUUAUUUUUUUUCUACAAUCGUUCCAUGUCUGUAUUAUUAACACCAUUAAUGGCCAAUACCAGUGAUUUAAAAUUGGGUCGUGAUGAUUUUCAUACGGCACAAUUACAAAAUUUGAUACUUGAUUUUGCUACAUUUUGUGUUGAACACCACGCACAUCAUAUGCGUAAUUUUCUGAAUAAAAAAGAUUUAUUGAGACGUGUACUCGUUUUAUUGAAAUCAAAACAUCAAUUUUUACAACUUAGUAUGUUCAUUCAUUUUGGAAAUCGACUGUUUUAUAUCUGCGUGUUCAGUGCACUUCGUUUUCUUCGACGUAUUAUUGGUCUUAAGGAUGAACAGUAUAAUUUGGCCAUUGUUUGUAAUAAUUUAUUACAACCUGUUGUUGAAGCAUUUAAAGCAAAUGGUAGACGUUAUAAUUUAUUAAAUUCUGCAUUAAUUGAACUUUUCGAAUUUAUCCGACAAGAAGAUCUGAAAACACUGUUGAUGUAUAUUGUUGAAAACUUUUAUUCCGAUUUUGAAUCAAUAACAUAUGUUAAAACAUUUAAAGAAAUGAAAAUACGUUAUGAUCAACAUCGUGAUAAAAAAGAACGUUUACUUAUUGACAGCGGUACACCAAUUGUGUCACGAUUAUUAGAACAAAGACUUCGUAAAGAUGCGAGAGAUUUGGAUAUCGAAGAAGAAAAUUGGUUUAAUGAAGAUGAUGAUAAUAACGAUAAUCAGCAGCAACAACAAAAUCAUGAUUUAGCAUUAGACAAUAGUAAUGAAAGUGGUUUAGAUGAUGCUCAAGCGAGUACAACUUUGGAUUCGACAGAUGAUCUAUCAUUGAUAUCACAACAACGAAAUUCCACGUCGUAUAGCCGUCCAAACCAUCUUAAAUCAACAAUCAGUAUUCACAUUCGUCGUCCAAAUUCUUCGACAGCACCAAUAUCAUCUGGUGGUCAAUUUUGUCAAUCAUCAUCAGUUCUUAAUUACACUUCAUAUUCUCCAUCUUCGUCUCCCUCUAAUUUAAAUCAUUCGACAACCGUAACGAAUAGAAUUCAUAAUAAUACCGGUUAUGAUUCAUCACCUCGACUAGAUAUCUCAUCUUCGUCAUCCACACUAAGACCAUCGACAUCAAAUGAAUCCUCCUCCAUCGCAAUGAGUCCUGGUUUGCAAAAUAUUGCACAAUAUCAAGAUCAAGACUCAGAUGAAGACGAUCAAAAUCCGACUUUAGAAGAUGAAGCAGAAGAAGAAACAAGUGGAGGUGAAGAUAUUGAGAUAAAUGAGACAUUAACGAACCAUGUAGUAAAAAAACCGCAAAUUAUGCUAAAUACCAUUUUGAUAACUAACGAUGAUAAUUUGUUUGAGUCAAACCAAAGUGCAUGUGUCUCCUCAUCGUCAUCGAUUUCAACCGAAAGUAUUACACAAUCUGAAGAACUUUUAUAUCAUGCACUAAAUUCUACUGUUAAUGAUAUAAACAAUUCAAAUAAUAAUAAUAAUAAUCAGUAUUCAGACGUAAAUGAUAUAUUAUUAACGGAAAAUAGUAGAAGUGAAGAAACACCCUCGUCAUCAGAGGAAAUAAUAUCCUCUUCGUCUACUUCGUCUCGAAAACGUAAUCGAUCUGACAAUGAUAAUUCAAUAGAAGAUAUUUCUGUUCAGGAAACUAAACUAUUUUGUAAAAGAGACCAAAAUGGAAACAACAAUGUCGAAACCACAACAGAAAAUAGUAAUGAUCUAAACGACGAAGAAGAACGGUGA